CCAAAGCCAAUAUGGCUACUUCCUACCGAUCGAGCAACCGAGUGUUCUUUUCGUGCAGAGGUUUUAACUUACGCCUUGCCUACAAUGUCGGGAUUCAGCUAUAAUCAAUAAUAUAUCAAUUAAUUUCUAGGAAACGCAUUGUGUGAUACAAUCUAUAUCUGUUGAUUUAAGUUCUUCUGAGAUUAAUUUCAAUAACUCCAUCUAAAAUCGACAUGGCGGUCAAGUAAUCGACCAAUGAGAAGCCAGCAUCCAAGCGUUUCAGAAUUGCAUACUCGCAUUUCGCGUCAUUACGUUUUUGGUGCCUUCAUUCCCACUAUAAAAAUCGAAUACAUUUGGUUAUUGAUACCAAGUAAAUUACUGAUUUUUAGUGAAGAUAUAUGAAUAACAGUGUUUUUUGUGCAGUUGUAGUGUAGUUGUAUGACGUUUAGUUUGAGCUAAGCGUUACAAAUUGUUGGAACAUGACUGCGUUGGAUUUAGGAUGAAUUGAAAUGCAUUUCCAUCGUUUUGUUAUUUGUAAACAAGACUAUGUUUUUGUGGUACACGUGCGGAACCGUAUAUAAUUGACAGUUGUCUUUAAUGAUGUCCGGCAGAGGGGCAAAGAAACGAGGCAGGCCCCCAAAAUCGGGAAAUUAUGAAAAGAACAGAAAAUUUCAAUAUCAUUUAUUGAAAAAGCCUAAAUAUUUACAAGCUCAAAAUGCUGGAACGGCAUCCCAUGCGAGUACACCUUCAGCAUCUAGAGCAUCGUCGCCACAGGGAAGUGAUAUUAGUAGACGAAGUACACGAAAACAGAGAGGUGGAAAAACUCGUAAAAGUAAGAGAGGAGGUUUAUCUAGUGGAUAUUCACGUAGGGGUUACAAUCCACAUGCUGCUGAUUAUCAUGAGUCUGAAUAUCAUUAUGGAUCAGAUUUCGGUGAUGAGUACAGCGACAGAUCUGAACCCGAAGAAGAUCGCGCCAGCGACAGUUCAGAAGCCAGUGUAGAAGGUGCAGCAAGUGAGAGUGAUUUUUCUGUAAGCAGUUACAGUAGUAUCACUGGAGGUACUAUAAAGAAAGUAAGUAAUCACACAAUACGACCUCCAAGUCCAGAUCCACUGUGGCUGCAAGAAGAAAGACAAAUACCACCUUUGGAGCUUCCAGCUUCUUCAGAUGAUUUACUCAUCCCACACAACCUAGUAAUUGAAGUAGUUGGUAUAUAUGAAGUCCUUCGACAUUUCAGACAUCUUGUGCGACUAUCACCAUUUCGUGUUGAAGAUUUGUGUGCAGCUAUAAGUUGUGAAGAUCAGAGCAAUUUGCUAAUAGAAGUUCACAUUAUGUUAUUAAAAGCUCUUCUAAGGGAAGAAGAUGCUCAACAAACCCACUUUGGUCCACUGGACCAUAAAGAUAGUGUAAACAUUACUUUAUUUUUGUUAGAUGUUAUGACAUGGCCUGAAAUAUUGAGAAUUUAUGUGGAAAGUGACAAAUCCUUUGAUCAAAAUGUUGUUAAAAUUUUGAAUUCAUGUGAAUAUCCUUUUACGUCAAUAGAAGAGAGGGUAACAGUGCUGCAGUUUUUGUGCAAUCAGUUUUUAAUCACUAAUCCAGUGAGGGAUGACCUCCUUAGUGAAGUUCCCAUACAUUAUGAUGACCAUUGCCGAGUUUGUCACCGCCUGGGGGAUCUGUUGUGCUGUGAAACAUGCCCUGCAGUUUUUCACUUGGAAUGUGUUGAUCCACCUUUAGUUGAUGUACCCUCAGAAGAUUGGCAAUGUGCCCUUUGUAAACAACAUAAAACCUUAGGAGUUACUGACUGUUUACCUGAUGCUGAGAAACAAGGGCUUCUAUGUCGCCAUGAGCAUUUAGGUUUUGACAGGCAUGGAAGAAAGUAUUGGUUCAUUGUUCGUCGCUUAUUUAUUGAAGCUGAAAAUGGAGAUGUUUGGUAUUACACAACUCCACAGCAGUUUCAAGAGUUGUUAAAUAAGUUAGAUGCAGAUGAAAUGGAAACACCUUUAGUGAGGGAGCUUUUAGAAAUGAGACAAGAAAUUUUAAGACAAAUGGACAUUACAGAACAACUUACAAACCAGGCAAAAGGAAGUCGUAAAUCUUAUUUGGAAAUUGAAAAUGCUAAUAUUAUAAAGCAAAGAAAGUUAAAAGAGGAACAGAAAUACCAAGAACAAAAUGUUAGUUUAAAACUAGAUGAUGAAAAAACAGAAAAUGAUUCUUCACUAGUCCCUGAUAGUGAUGUUGUGAAUGAAGUUACCAUAGCAAGUGAAGACAUAGCGCAAGGUGAAAAUGAAGAGCAGGAUGGAGUGGAUGAUGAUGUUAAAAAGUCAAAAAGUCUUGUUAACAAAAUUAAGACAGUACAGAAGAAAACAGAUGAAGUUACAGAAAGAGUAACCAGGUUUAAAUCCAACCAGUUAUCCAAUGGAACAUAUCUUUUUAAGUUGGGAAAUGAAAAUUCUUUCAAAAAUUAUGUCAAUCAGUAUGCUAGUAACACUCUGGCACUUAACAAACCCCAAAGAAAUGAAGAGAGAGAUAAAAAACGUUACAUGUCCCACAAAUUUUCAUUAUCAUCAGCCCAGGAAUUUAAGUGGACUGGCCUUCUUAAUGCUACAAAGCCACUACUUGUUGCCACUAUAAGACAAACUUUACUUCAUUUGGAAUCUAAUAUAGUAGUACAGUUCAUGCAUCCUAACUGGCCAUUAUUAAGGAAACCAUGGGUGCAAGCAGUGCAACUUUGUCAAGCCCCACGAGACUUUUCAAGAGCUCUGUGUGUUUUACAGGCAUGUAUAAAAAAUGUAGUUUGGAUGCCAGCAUGGCAUGAACAGUUGGGUCACGUCAGACUUAUACGAACUACGGCUGCAGAGCGAGAGGAACGGAAAAAACUUGACAAACGAGAGAAAAAAGAGAGAGAUGAAGAAGAAGAGAGAUACAGAACAGCAUAUAACUUUGUGAAAUAUUCACUGGGACUACGACAUCAGGUUUGGAAGCAAAAAGGAGAAGAAUAUCGCAUUCACGGGCAAUGGGGAUGGUUAUGGAAUUCUGCCACUAGAAAGUUUAAAAAACAUAAUGCUAGUUUCAAGCCAAACUUAUUGAACGGCCCUGCUAAAAUUGCUGUUAGAGUGAGAGAAGGAAAUACCAUAAAAAUUUUAGCUGUUGAACCAAAAACUUACGAAUAUUUGAUUUCUAAUAAGACUGAAGAUAAGGAAGUUCUUGAAAAGUUACCACCAUCAAUGCGGAACCUCACUGUAGAAAAAGAGAAUGAAGAUUUUGAGGAAAUUGAUGUAGAAAAAGCCUUAAGUUCAUCUAUUAGAAGAUAUUAUCCAAAGGUAGCCAGAAAGUCUAAAUUAGAUGACUUUCUCAAUCGACGUACAUAUCUGAAAUUCAUGGAAGAGAAAAAGAUUGCAAAUUAUGUAUCACAAUUAAAACAAGAGCAAUUAGAUGUGAAAAGUGAAGAUGACAAAAAUAUUGAUGUCGAAAAUGAUGAGCCCGAAACUGAACUCCCUUCUAUUUGCGAAACUGCAAGUGAAAUUAAAUCUGUAAAUAUAAAUACCACAUCAACAACAGCUGAUCUGCUACGUGAUCAGUAUAAAGCAUUGGCUCAAAUUACCAAACACUACAAAUGUUAUUCAUCUCAUUGUAACAAAAUAGAACCAUCUAGUUUAUUACAAGGAUCAGGUGUACAAAUAAAUUGUUACUCUCCUCUCUGUCUGAUGAAAGGAAAAUUAUUAAAUGAAUUGUUAACAGUAUUGAAAGGCGAUACUACAAACUCGACAAGAUUGUUAAAUUGUAAGGAGAACAAUAAAGCUUCAAUAUUAGAACAGUACUUGUUGGGGAAAAGUUCUGUAUCUUCCACAAAUUCUAAUGAGAAUAUUUUAUCUGACUUACUUUCGGCCGUUGCUUGCGCUCAGGAAUAUGAUAGCAAAAAUACAGAUUGUUUUGUAAAAAGAAAGUUGAGCGGAGAAUCCGAAGUGACAAUUAAAACCGAAAAAGAUGACGACUCAUUAUGUAUUCUUAAAUCUGAGAACACCCUAGAAGAAUCUGCCGUUCCUGCUGUUGGAAACGAAAUGGAUAUUGAUAUUUCUUGUGGUAAUAUUGAAGAAAACGAUGUUGAAAUUGGGCCUUUAAAAGAGUUGACUGAUAUUGACCAACCAGUAGAAGAUAUCAUAGCAGAUACUGAUGCAGAUCAAAAUAGACCACCUAUCCCAAAAUUAAGGAUAACCAGGGGUCGGUCCAAAGCGUCAACAAAUACAAACACAGUUCCUACUACUGACGCAAAAGAUGCAUCAUAUAAAUGCUCUGUGACAACAACCAAAAGUGAAGACAAACCAAAAUAUCGUGCAGCUCUCAAUAGGAGAUUUGGUCUUGUACGUCCUAAAAGAGAUGAUAAGCCAAUUAAAGAAGAGAAGACUGAAAAUGGUGUCAUAAGAAUAUAUUCAUCAGAAAGUCCGCGUGGGAAAGUUUAUCUUAAAAAAGUACAGACAUCUGCUGUAGAAAAGAAAAAGAAGAGGACACCCGUUAAGUACCCUCUUUGUUCUACAUUCCACACACGAAGCAAAGCAAAAACUUUAAUGGUUUUACCACAUCAUGAAUUACGAAGAAUAUCUAGGCAGGCUGGACAUAGUACUGUUUCAGGGUUUAGUCUUAAUGCAAAACCCAAUCAAGCAGUUUGGCCAUAUCCUUGCCCUCGUCCUUUAUUUAAAACAUGUUGGUUAUAUCGUACAGUUAAUCUUCAGUGGUUGGCUAGUGCAGCUCUGCAGGUUCGAAUAAUGUUUGCUUGCUUAAGAUGGGACGACAUGGCCGCUAAACCUGCUACCGCUGAUGGAAAGCAUCAAUUAACAACAGAUACAGAGAUAGUAUCGUUGGAGCUACUAAAACAUCGUCAUAUCGGCCAAUUUUCAGAGCGAACACAAUAUCUUCGCCGCAGAGUCGUAAUUCCUUUAGAAUUACCAAAAACCGUGCGCGAAGUAACUUCCAUACGAAGCGGUUUAAGAAAAAGAAAACGGGCAGAAUCUCCUCAAAAUACUGAGCCCCAGGUCUCCGAGGAAUGGGUGGACGAAGACAAACUGGAACUGUGGGAGGUGCGGCAGUAUGGCGAGCGCGCCGAGCGCACGGAGCGCGCCACGCCCGUCACGCGCACGUCCACCGGCAAGCUGCCCGCGCGCGCCGCGCCCGACCUCAAGGACAAGCUGGAGCAGCAGCUGCGCGACCAGCGCGCCGCGCACCACCACAAGCGCGCGCUCGACGCCCAGCAAGAUAAAUCCAAGACGCCCAAUCAAGCAUCUGGAAAGAGCACCCUCACUUCUCUGUUGACUACCAACUCUAACACUCCUACGGGUCAGAAAACCGUCAUCGGCACUAGAAGGAUAAUAAUGACGAAGGGCGCGGAAGGUGCGACGCGAGUGAUCAGUCAAGCUGUGACCUCGGGUAAUAAACCCGGGCAGACGAUGGAUACCCCUAAAUCUGGAGCGAGCGCCCAAAAAGAAGGACCGCAAAAAGUUCAAAUAAUACGAGCUCCGGAUGGCAAAAUAACAGUGAGAGGGUUACUUCCCGGACAGCAAUUGAUCCAGAUGGCCGACGGAAAAUUGCACGUUGUGAUGGCAGGGCAGCAAGGCGCGACCGGUCAACUGGUGGCGGCGUCGCCCGCUAAGCCGGACGCCGCGGGCGACGAGCGGCCCGCCAAGCCCGCACCGCAGCCGCUGCUGCUGCAGCCCGCGCGGCCCGUGCUGGUGCCGCCGCAGCUGCGCCCGCGGCCGCCCGUGCAGACCGUGCUGGUGCAGCGCACGCCCGCGCCGCGUCCUCGCCCCGCCGCCACGCAGCAAAUCGUCGUCAACAACCCGGCGCUCGUGCAGCAGAUAGCCGCCGGCAAAAUACAGCUCGCGACCGUCAACGGUCAGCAGGUGCUCAUCCGGCCUACGGGAAACAAUCAGGCGCAGAUCGUGGCGCACAUCGGACAGAGCCCGGCGCCGGCCGCCGCGCCGAUGGCCACCUCCACGCCGCGUCCCGUGCUGGCGCCCGCCCCCGCCCUUGCCCCUGCACAGCAACCUACCGAAGACGAGCUCGUGGAGAAAAGGCUGCUGGUUGGUCAGCCGCCCGGAACAGUCAUAAAGACUGUCACCGCUCAGGUCAUGCAAACCAGUAGUGGUCCCAGCAUAGUAUUACAAGGACUGCACGGAUAUUCAUUGACUCCUCAACAAUUAGCGUUAGUUCAGCAUCAAGUGAAACAGCAACUGUUGAAAGCUCAAGAAUCGACGGGCAAGCAGGGUAUGCUGGGCCCGCGCAAGAUGUACCUGGCAGUGCAGCCGGCGCUGGGCGCGCCUCCGCCGCUGGCGCCCGUGGCCGCGCCCGUGCUGCCCGCCCUGCCCGCGCAGGCGCCGCCUCAGGUGGUUACUGAAGAAGAUCAAACAAAACAAACAACACCUCUUUUGAAUGGAGAAAAUAAAGAGACAAUUAGUUCCAAACCAGAGGAAUUGCAAGAUAACAAUAAUAAGCCUGACAUUCUAAAAAUGGGACAAGAGGGAAUCGCACAAACGAAUAAAUUUGUGCUCACUCCCGAUUACAUACAACAAACUAUAAAGAGCGCUCUUAAACAAGAAAAUUUAAAUCCAGAAAUAGAAGAAAAGCUACUGCAACUUCAAAGAUAUCAAGAAAAACGGAUGAAGCCCGAGCAGCAACCGGAGCGAGAGCCGCGUGCGAUAGCCGUGGCGGCGCACUCGCCGUCCCCCCCGCCGCGGCGACGCGCCGCCUCCUCCCGGCUCGACGACGACGACGAGUGGGUCGACAGCAGUCCGCGCAAGCGGGGCCGCCGUCCGCCCUCGCCGCCGCCGCCGCGAGCCGCGCCCGCCCGCGCCGCGCCGCCCAGCCCCGAGCCGCCGCCCGCCGCGCCCUCGCCGCCGCCCGCCGCCGCGCCGCUCUCCGCUCCGCUCGCCGCCCCGCUCUCCGCACUGGACGAGCGACGGCGCGCAGCACGCCUCCAGAUGCUCCUCUUCAAGCAUAAGGAAAUGCUAAAAAAAGAUAUUAUUAAGAAACGAGGAUUACUCGAAAAGGAACUAGGAGUUGAGAUACAGAAAGAACUAUCGGCGGAACUCGCUCUAAGGACUCGUGCCGAGCGAAGCAAACAAGACGAAGUGCGAGGCGGUAAAAAACGCACAAUCCCUUCAGCUUCCCGCGACUCCACGCCGCGGAUAAAUAGAAAAGGAAGUAAAAAGGAAAAACUUUUGUGCUUAUGUCGCACUCCGUACGAUAAUACGAAGUUUUAUGUUGGUUGUGAACAUUGUAGUAAUUGGUUCCAUGGCGAUUGUGUCGGAGUUACAGAAGAAAUGAGCAAAACUAUGGAAGAAUAUGUAUGCCCCGAUUGCCGACGGGCUGAGGAAACUCAAGAACUAUAUUGUCUUUGUCGACAGCCGUAUGAUAACUCACAAUUUUACAUAUGCUGCGACCGAUGUCAAGAUUGGUUCCAUGGUAGAUGCGUUGGGAUUUUACAAUCUGAAGCAGAUAAUAUUGAUGAAUAUAUUUGUCCUAAUUGUCAAAAAAAUAAUUCUGUCAAUUUUGCUAACAUGAAAGAAUUGACCCCAAAAGAUUUUGAAAAUUUGAAGAGGUUGGUGAAACAAAUACAAUUACAUAAAAAUGCUUGGCCAUUUAUGGAGCCUGUUGACCCCAGAGAAGCUCCCACAUAUUAUAAAGUUAUAAAAGAACCGAUGGAUCUUCAAACAGUGGAAAGAAAAGUGAACGAACAAACAUAUAGUACGUUAAGUGAGUUUAUUGGUGACAUGACUAAGAUUUUUGACAAUUGUCGGUACUUCAAUCCUAAGGAUUCAGAAUUUUAUCGGUGUGCAGAAGGAUUAGAAGCAUUUUUUGCACAAAAAAUUAAAUAUUUUCGGGAAAAGUUAUUUGAAUCUACACAGUGAUAAAAAAGUGCCAGUUUCAAGUCAUAAUAGAAUGCAUUGGUUUAGUGAAUGGAAGAACUGUCCAGUGAAGCUAAUUUCCCGAUGCUUCAUGCUCUAUGAUCUGUAAAUUGUAUACAUUGUGAUGAAAUUUUCAAAGAUAAUAAUUUAUAUUUAAAAGAAUGCGUUAUGUAUUUGAGGAGUAUGUCAGUACUGGUAUAAUUAGUAUGUAUAUUACUGUUGUUCCGAUUAUGAACUGACACGCUUUUUAGAUAUAGAGUUCCUGACAGGAUAAUUUAUUAUUAUGUAUGUACACACUCUGUGAAAUAUUAUGUUAGCUAGUAUAACUUGGCGACUUUAGUUAUUUUGGUAGCAACUAGUUUAAGUAAGGUAAACCCAUUGUAUGUAAGUAAUAAAUUUUUAUUAAUAUACAUCUUGACAAUG